GCGGCCCCAGGCGCGCGUCCGUCCUUCGCGGCGCGGCCGAUCGGGUUCCGCGCCCCCAGCAUCCGCGUCGCCCAUGGCCGAGGCGUCCGAGCCAGACCUCGGGACAGCCGAGGGCGCGGCGGCGGGGCCAGCGGUGGAGACGCCGGGCUGGGAGGCCCCGGAGGACGCGGGCCCGCAGGCCGGAAGUUAUGAGACCCGACACUACGGGCCCGCCAAGUGGGUCAGCACCUGCGUGGAGUCCAUGGACUGGGAUUCCGCCAUCCAGACCGGCUUCUCCAGACUGAACGGCUACAUUCAAGGCAACAACGACAGAGAGAUGAAAAUAAAGAUGACAGCGCCAGUGAUGAGCUAUGUGGAGCCCGGCUCAGGUCCUUUUAGUGAGUCUACCAUUACCAUCUCCCUGUACAUCCCCUCCGAGCAGCAAUCUGAUCCGCCCAGGCCUUCGGAGUCGGAUGUCUUCAUUGAAGACAGAGCUGGGAUGACUGUGUUCGUACGGUCAUUUGAUGGGUUCUCUAGUGGCCAAAAGAACCAAGAACAACUUUUGACAUUAGCAAGCAUUUUGAGGGAAGAAGGAAAAGUUUUCAAUGAAAAGGUUUUCUACACUGCAGGCUACAACAGCCCUUUCAAACUGCUCGACAGAAAUAAUGAAGUGUGGCUGAUUCAGAAAAAUGAAUCUUCCAAAGAAAAUGAAUGAAAAAAUGCAAGAAAGUUCAUUUCUGUUGAAUGUUGGCGUCAAUACCACCUCUAAAGUGUAUCUAGAAUCUUUUGAGUGGACUAGUAUGAAAUCACACUCAUUUCCAGUGUGCCUUCCUAAUGCUUAAAGCUUUAUUUAGAUACACAGAUAAACCUGGGGCCAAGGAAAUGGGUUAUAGUUCUGGUGGCCUUACUUUCUGAGAGCAUCUAGUGAAUUGCCUGCUGCUUCCUCUUCCUUGAGUCACAAUCAUGUCCUGUUCCUGCAGGAAUUUGUGUCCAUUGCACCUUACACUUUCUGGAUAAUAUCAGUAAAAAUAGGAAAAACUAA